CGCCAGCGGCUGGCGUUCAAAAUAAAUUGCGUGUAAAUUUCUAAAACAAAUAUAAGCAAUAAAAAAAAGUGCACAAAUUAUUGCCAAGCAUUAAUAAAAUAAUAGAAAGCAAAGUGCAGUUGCUGAAAAAACAAAUAAACGAUCGCCAAAAGCGUUCGAAAGUGCACGGAAUUUGGCCAAGUUAAAAACAAGUUUUAAAGGCGGCACACACACACAUACACACACACACAGUCAGAGAGAAGAAGCGAAGCCGAAGCGAAGCCAGCAAUUAAAGAAAGAAGUUCGUCGAGGGGCACAAAGUGAGGGGCGGGGCUGAGUUAUGAAUCAUAGCCAAGUGGCUACAAAGAAACAACAAAAAGUGCCAAAGAGCCACAAAAAUAUUUUGUUGGGGCUUGUUAACUGUGUGUAAACAAGCGACAUAAACAACGCUUAAUUCUACACCAAAAUCGUGGCAACUUCUUCUUCUUCUUCUUCACCUGAUGCCUGCCAGGGAAAUGCGUCCACUCAAUCUCUCCAUUGGAGCCUCGCUCCUGCCCAGCUUCUCGUUGGUCACUGCGGCAGCAGGCCAAGGAAACAUUCGUGCCUCCGAAGCUAGCCGAGAUUGCUUUGGCAAAGUCUGUCAUGUGGUGGAUGAAUAUUGCUCGCAUUUUGCUGAGAGCUGCAUGCCGUGUGCUGGGAUUUGCAAUGUGACUUCACACAAUUAUCAAGCGGAUGUGUGUGUCCAGGAAUGCUCAGCCUUUAAUAAGUAUGAGCUGCUCAAUUCCGAGUUGCACAGCAUCAAGAGCACACAGAAUUUGAUUUUGCUGCUGCUGAGCAUACUCCUCAUAAUGAUUGCCAUACGCUAUCUCCUUAAGUGCCUGAGCUGGCUGCGCCACAAGCGUUGCAUUCAAAAGUUGCUCUCCCGUCUGCUCUCGAAGCCAUAUCAGAGCAAUGCCAAUGGCAAGGAUCUCAAUGCCACAACCAUACAAAAUUUCAAUGCCAUAAACCGUGACAUUGAACGGGCGCCGUCUCAGAUCUACAGUGUGGCAGACGCUGAAGGAUCUGUGGUGACCAUGGCGACGCCAGUCAGCACGCGCUAUCCGGCCGAGAAUAGCACAACACCAACAACGGUAGUCACUGAAGUCGGCUAUAACUAUGGGUACGACAAUCAGGCAAUGGUUGUAACGCCAGUCGCCGAGAAACCUGGCACAAAUGCACCGCCAGCUUUCUAAAUUUACUUGUAUCAUCAUCAAUUCACACAGUAGCUGCUAAAUCAAAUGAAACAGUGUGCAUCACAUUGAAACUAGUGAUAUUUUAUAUUUGUAUGACCAUAAGCAAUUGAAAUCAGUUUGUAAAAAUACACAAUCUAAGUUACUUUAAGAUUACCAGCGAAAUAAACUUUUGAAUUAAACGUU